AUGUCAUCCAUCCGGCCCAUGACGCCGCUUGACCUGCUGAAGUUCAAUCCAUGCAAUCUGGAUCACCUCACAGAAACCUACAAUAUUGGUUUCUAUCUAGAUUACUUCCGCCAAUGGCCAAAGCUAUGCAAAGUCAUCGAGGGACCCAACGGCCAGAUCGAAGCGUACAUUCUGGGAAAAGUGGAAUCAUCACCAACACCUGCCCCCAUAGAGCCAUAUGAUCCUGCCAUGAAUCUCUAUAGGAAAGGAAAGUUUUCGAAUUAUCUCCCAUGGCACGCGCACAUUACUUGUUUGACUGUUGCGCCUGCAGCCAGAAGGCUGGGAUAUGCGACGAAGCUGAGCGAGGCGAUUGAAAAAGCUGGGGACGAGGCGAAUGCGUGGUUCGUCGAUCUUUUUGUAAGGGUGGAGAAUGAGGCUGCUAUCAGGCUUUAUGAGAAGAUGGGCUAUUCGGUAUUCCGCAGAAUCACGGACUAUUAUAGUGAUGGUAGUGAUGCGUUCGACAUGCGGAAGCCAUUGAGGCGGGAUAAGGCAAGGAAGACUGUGCGGCCGAAUGGAGAAAACAUCAGGGUCACGCCGGAUCAGGUGUGGUGA